AUUGACACUUGGGCAUCCCAGAUCAACGACAUGCUCACCAAAUUCGUCCACCAUGAACAAGUCGAAGGCCUCGAAGAUCAGGUCAGAGACUUCCAACAGUACACCAGGGAUGCGGCCCAAGAAGCCGUCGAACACUACCUCCGACACAGGCAAAUCCCUGACGCGGCCUCCAUCAUGAAAGCUAUCGGGAAACGGGUCGCCACCGCUGCCCUAUCCAGUAAAGCCACGGUGUCCCAAUUCUCUCAACACGAACAUCCUUCGGCCCCACGGUCUAUGGGCAACGAAACCGUCCAACGCGCUCAAGCUCAGUGGCAAGCUGGGCAAGCGGAAGCCCAGUACGAAGCUACUCGCGCCGGGGCCUUUGGAACCAAUACCGCGACCUUCCCAGCCUACAGUGCCGCAGGUGCCGGAUAUAUAGGACCGCCACGACCUCCCAAGCCACCUCGCCAUGCAGAGGGACUCUUCGACGACCGGGAAAGAGCCGACAACUUCCUCCGGUCUAUGAGCAACUUUGCCAAGAGUUCUCUGUUGAUGCCAUCAAUUAGGAGCGUAACGAUCUCGUCAUCAGUCUUCAGGACUAAUUCUGAUGGUUGAAGUAGGUCGGCAGGCCAGUCGCAUGUGAAGAUACGCGCCUUUCC